AUGGCAAGUCCAUCAUCCAUCGCAAGGCCGUGGCUGGCCGCCGCCAGGUCCUCGAAAUAUGUGAAGCCGCGGAUAUCGUCAAGGAUAUUUGCACGCUCGGUCAGUGCCCAAGAUGCCCUCAAUACCAAGGAGGUUCCGCUGGAAACUCCGGAAGACUGGGUGAAGUUCCAGGCGCAGAGAGUAGCCCGUACAGCACUCUACGAAGAAAUGUCUCAGUAUGGCUCGACACAGACUAGAGAUAACACGUUCCAACCUCAUCACUCCCUGCACCGACCAGUCGCGCCGUCCCAGCUCACACUUUCAGCCCUCGUCGCUUCUGGCGCUCACUUCGGGCACUCUAAGACCCUGAUGAACCCCAACUUCAUCCCGUAUGCCUAUGGAGUACGAGCAGGUAUUACCAUCAUCGAUCUCGACCAGACUCUACCCCUUCUACGGCGCGCAGCGAACCUCGUCCGGUCGAUAACAGUAGGGGACGGCACUGUCGUGUUCGUUGGUACGCGUCCAGACUUGCGCGCUGCAGUCCGGAAAGCGGCUGAGAGGUUGGAAGACCAAGGCUAUUACGUCGGGGAGAAAUGGCUGCCAGGGACACUGACGAACAAGGUGCACAUGUUCGGCUCUAACGUGCUGCGGGAUCGAGUGACGCCCGACCUGGUGGUCUUCCUGAACCCGAUCGCAAAUAUGCACGCUAUCCGAGAAUGUGCUAUCGAACAUGUCCCAACAAUUGGGAUCGUCGACUCUAAUGUCGACCCUCGAAUCGUUAUGUACCCGAUCCCGGCUAACGACGAGAGCACACGGACGGCGGAGUUGAUUGUGGGGGUUCUCAGCGUUGCUGGCAGGGAGGGAGUUCUCCUUAACAAGGAGGAGAGGGAGAAGAAACGUUUCCAAAAUUCCCAGAGAUCACCACGGUUCUGA